AUGGAAUGUUAUUGUAUAAUACAAGUUCGUCUAGAAGGUCGUGUUAAACCGGUAGACGUUGGCUAUUCCCAGGGAACUUCCGCUCAAGCUGUGCUUGAAAGGGCAUGUAAAACUUUAGGAAUAUAUGACUCUUGGAAUUAUGCUUUAUAUAGCGAACUUUUCAAGACAUGGCUGUGUGAUACGAAUUUACUAUCCUCUCAUCCUGAUGAGGAUACUUUGGUAGUUCGAAAAAAGACACCUGGAUACCUUGAACUUGUAUAUAAUGAAGAAAAUCCCAAAAAGCGCCAUUUACCAACAACAUUGAGUCCGAAUUUAGCAGCACAUACAAAACGAAAGGGAGUCUUUGGCGGUACUAAAAGCGUUAAAACAUCUUUGAAAACACGCUUUCAAGCAGAAACUAUUUAUUUGACCACAAUAUUGUUCACUUGUGAUAAUAAAUUAUUAAUAACUUCUGGUAGUAGUAAAAUGUUUCCCACUAUUGAAGUUAUCCGUGAUGACAAAAUUUUCUCUAAUUUUGAGGAUGAUAGCGAAGAAUUUGCUCAUGUAAUAAGAACUUCGUUAGAUUGGUCUACUUCUAAGGAGACUUAUAAUGAUUCAUCAAGUGAUUCGGAUUCAUUUCAUUCUUUACAUUCAAAUUCGAGUUCGGUUGAUUUUUCUGAAAAUCCAAGUACCAUACCACUUAAUCAAUAUAUAAAUGAUGAAACCUUAUGGUCACGUUCGUUUGGUUAUGCUGCUUUGAAAUUAAAAUGCGAGUUAUCUCUUGAAUCAUUAGGUACUAUAUAUGAACAUGUUGUGACCAUGAAUUCAUCAAAGUCAAAAUUCAUUGUCGCUCUUCAAUAUAUUCCAAAUUGUAUCAAAGAUGAUAUCGCACAUGAUCUUAUCAAAACUGGCGCUCUAAAAUGGAAGAAUUUUGAUGAAAUAAAUAGCAUUUAUCAAAAAGAUUUUAAUUCAAUUUGGUCAACUUAUAUUGAAAAAUGGUGUUCUAGGCAAACUAAAUUAUCUCCUGGCCUUUAUUUAGGUGUUUUAUACACUGAAAGCACAUUACAAGGUAUCAAAAUUUUGGUACCAAAAGAGCGAAAACAAUUUAUUCCUUUAGGGAAAAUUCGUGAUGAAGCAAUGAUUACUGCUGAAGAAACUAGUUGGAUUAAAUCUUUGACUUGUCUUAGCCAAGAUUGUUUUAUGGAUUUAGUCAUGGCAACUAAAGGUGAUGAUGAUAACAGAACUAGUUUAGGUCAAUUUCAAACUUCUUUUAUAAAUUCUUAUCAUAAUUUACAAUAUGAAACUGGUCUUACAUGGGAAGUAAAUGAUAUAUAUUGUGAGCAAACUGUGGACGUUUACUUGGAUUUACGAACAAAUCAAUUGUAUACCAUGACAAAUGAACUUGAGGAAAAUGUUAUUGAUCAUUGUGGAACUUCGCUUCAUACUGAUUUGUACUUGGACAAUAAUGUAAAGCCUGGAACUAAACCUAUCAUUUUUAAUAGACGUAGCAGUAAACAGCAAUCCCAAUCCGAAAUUUUAUCACAUGACAGGAAACAUUCUAUUAAAUCACAUCCAUCACGAGGAACAUCAGGUGGAUCUCAUAAAACAUUUGAAUCAAUGAUUUCUUACCAAGAAGAGAUGAAUAUUAGCGCUAGUAUUGAUGACAAUAGUGACAGAGCAAAUGACAGUCAUAAUGAAUUCAUGGAGAAAGACAAAGGAAUGAUAACAUUUGAUAAAAGUAAUCCAGAGUCUGAAGAUGAAGAAGCGGGAUCAAAUGUUAAAACAUCUACUUCGACUGGUGCCGCAACUUCUGUUGGUGAAGAGGCUAUGUCAUUAUCAACUUCUUUAAGUAAUACUAAUUCCAUUAGACCUUUUAUUCGUAUAAUAUUAAUCGUUAAACCUAUGCGUCAAAUACAUCAAAUUAGUACACCAUAUCAAUCGCGAUUAUGUACGUUAUAUCCAUUUUCAUUAUAUGAUGCAUUACAACAUGCAACUUUCAACACUUCCUUAUAUGCUUGUUCUCGUCAAUCAAUGCAAAUAUUACAAGCUAGUCGUACUUACUUUGCUCAUGAGUUGCUUAGGCACUUGCAGGCCAUGGAAAAUUUUUCAGAUGUAAAUGAACAAAAUAUUGAUGAUUUCUUUUUUGAACCGGAUGAACUUCCCAAAGUUCCUGAAGAAACAAAAAAAAUCAAACAGUGUCUUGAUAUCAUUCGUGAUGAAAUUAGCAUUUUGAGGCAACAAUGGAAUUCUGCAUCUUGGGUAAUGACAGCUAUUGAAUGGGAUCGUCAGAGAACAAUGAAAUCUUAUAAUUUUGGUGGAAGAUCAUUAGCACAUAAUUUCUCUAGAAAAUCUGUACUCUCAAAUCGUUCUACUUCAAUUCGUAGUUCCAAUACUGGAAGGAGAGAAAGUGAAAGUUUAAGUUUGAUAAAGGCAAAGGGAUCUGAUACUGCAUCUCAAAUUGAAAUUCUUCGAGAUACCAUGUACCAUGCACCUGAUCGCGCAUGGAGUAAUAUCCGUCUUCUAGGAAUAGUAGCCCAAAAACCUAUUCCUCCUAUUCUAGUAUCAUAUUUAUCAUCGUUACCAUCUGCUUCAAAAAAUCGAACAAUAAUAACAUCAUCUAUUGUUGAUAAUCAGCAAAAUAAACAGACACAACAAUCAAAAAAGAAAACUUGGAAAUCUCUUAGAUUAGGUAAACGUAGUCAACAAAAUAAUAGUCAGCCUGAAUUAUCAACAACUUUCAUCCAACAAAUGAAUGUAACUAACAAAGAUAAUAAAAUUUUGAAUAAAGAUACAAAUUUCAAGGAUGAAAAAAUAAGCAUCAAUAUUUCGCCACCCACUAUACAACCCAUAAUUACAACUGAGCCUAUCACAUUGAUUACACCUUCCUUUAUCGAAUCCAUUCAAGAUAAUAAAGACAUUAAUUCAGAAAUGAAUCAUGAUGUUAAUUAUUCUGAAGAUAUCGAUAAUUCUAAAGAUAUCGAUGCUAUUAUAAUAAAAUCAAUUGAUGCUGAUAGUAAUAUUGAAUUUACUAAUGAUGAACAAGGUCUAGAAGUUAAUGCAUCUGAGUAUGAAGAUAUGUCCAAAGAUCCAUCUGAAGAUGAUGAAAUUGAAUCUCAAACUGAUCAUGAGGAUGAAAUUGAAUCAAUUGGUGAUAUUGAUGAUGACAAAUUAGCCAAAGAAAUUCAUGCAUUAGAAAAAGAAAUCAACGAAUUAGAUACCUUACUGAAUAAUGAUGCAAGUACUAUUGACACUGAGAAUAAUCUUUUUAAUAGUGAAGAAGCUACUAAUGUUGAUGGUUGUACUACUGACCAUGAUAUUUUUGAAGCUACUGACGUUCCUUCGAUUAAUAAGGAAACUACUAAGUCUGACAAUAACUCAAAUAAAUGUGAACCUUUUGAGGAAGCGGAUGAUACCACAGAGAAAAAUACCACAGGAGGGACUAUUGAAACCAAUGUAGACAUGACAGAAAUUGAUGUGAAAAAUGCUACUUCAGAUAAUUUUGAUAGAGCUACCGAAGACAAUGUAACAGAUGAUGUUAAUGUCAUUAAUUCAGAUGAUGCAGUACUUGAUGCUAUGGACGCUAUGAUAGAUGCCAUUGUUGACGUUAAUGGUAACGAGAACACCAAGCAUUCUAAAUAUUCUACCGCUACCGAUUCAGAAAAAUUAUUAUCAGAUGGUCCAUCAAAUGAUUCAUCAAAUCAUUCGUCAAAUGAUUUAUCAAAUCAUUCGUCAAAUGAUUCAUCAAAUACAUUAUCAAACUCUAAUAAUGUUUCAGAGACAACCUCUUCUACUAUUGAAACACUAUUAUCUUCGUUAGCGUCUUCUUCUUCAACACCUAAACCAAAUCCGUCAUCAUUAACAUUAACAGAUUCCACUCUUAAUAAUUCUUCGCAACAAAAUGUGCCUUUAGUAUUAGACCCAACUACAUCUUAUUCUUCACCUCAGCAUGUUGCUCGAUCGAUUCCUCCUACGCCUACAACACCAUAUUUCUCAGCUCUUACUGAUUCAACUGAAGAGUCUGCACCUGCAUUUCCACCAGAAACAGUAUAUGUAAUGCCAGAACAAUCAUCAUCUAAUCUCGGCCCUCAAUCAGAUCUUGAAUUUGAACCGAUUAAUCCAUUCUUAAUACCACCUAUGUCCACAUCAACUUAUAUUUCACCGGCAACACCUUUACCAUCAACACCUACCACGCCACAAUAUUCCCCAUUGCAGCAAGAAUCAAGACCACCAACGCCAUUAUUAUCAAAGAUUUCAUUAUUUGAAGAAUUAAGGCAAGCAGCAUUUCAACAAAACUCGGACAAAAGAACAAUAUUCGAGGAAUCGAAUAAAAACAAACAAAUAUUCGUACGAACUCCAUCAUCGCCAACAUCUUCACAAGAUCAAUCUUCACUUACACCACGAGAUUCACCGCCAAUUUCUCCAUCUACAUUACCACCUCCUUCCUUAUUGUCACCCGCAUUUGCGACGUCUUCAAUAACAUCAACCACAUUAUCAGCACAUACAUUUUAUUCUCAAUCAUCAAGUAUUCAUUCUAAAGCAAGAACACCAACUCCGUCGCUUAUCCUUCCUACAUCACAAAUGUUGCUAACAAUACCUCGGAGUCCUACAUUAUCUCCUACAUCUUCAACAUCCUCACACGUUCCUUCAAAUUCAUCAAGACCAUCAACGCCUCUGUUACCAUCAGCACGUCCACCACCACUCCCUUUCCCAUCAGAAUGGCCAAAACUUAAGAAAACAGUGCGCCCGGAACCUAAAAAGGUUGAAACUGAUGCAGGUGAAUUUUUUAAAAAAAAGUCACAGACACUUAAUCAAUAUACAAGAUUAAUAUCUGAAGAUGGAAAAAACGAUAAUUAUAAACUUAAAGAUGGUAAAAGUGGUGAAGAGCUAAUUGAUAAUGAUUGUUCAUCUUUAAAUGGUGAUAAUAUAAGUAAUAAAGAUACAAUUAUCUCUGUUAAUAAUGAUAUUGGAGUUAUGAACAAUUAA